GAGAGCUCCAUGCUCCAACAAAAUAGGAAAGAAGAGAGAUUCAGACACUAGAACAGAAGAAGCAUUCACAUUAUUAAUUUAUUAUUAUUAUUUUUUUAUUCAAAUUAUUAAAUAUAAAAGUUUGAAGAAGCUCCAGCCAUGGCGGCAAACACUGCACAGUAAAAUUAUGGAUUCCAUUUUCAUCCAUUCCUCACACCAGUUUCCAAUCCAUGGAGUUCCCUUCUUCUUCUUCUUCUUCUUCUUCCUCAUCUCUGUAUCUCUCUCAGAUCCCCGAAUCUCCGAAUCCGGCAGUAUCUGCGGAACCUUCAAGCCUCCACCCAAUUCCAGGUUCAUCCCAACCUUCAUCGAAGAAAUGGAAGCCAUAUCCGAGCUUCUCACAACUCGCAGUUGGACUACUCACUUCGUCAAUUCCACUCCCCCAAUGUUCGCUCUAUCUCAAUGUUUCAACGAUCUCUCUCACACUGAUUGUCUUCUCUGCUACGCCGCCAGCCGCACCUCCCUUCCCCGCUGCCUCCCCGCCGUCUCCGCUCGGAUCUUCCUCGACGGAUGCUUCCUCCGGUAUGAUAAUUACAGCUUCUAUAAAGAAUCGACUGAUUCACUUAGGGAUUCUGUGAAUUGCACAUCGGAAUUAGGGAAAAUCGAUGAAUCUGAGAGGUUGGGGUUUGGGAAGAAUGUUAGGGUUGUUUCUGAGACUGUGACGAGGACGGCCAUGGAGAAGGGUGGAUUUGGGAUUGGGGAAGUUAAUGGGAUAUUUGGUUUGGCGCAGUGUUGGGGGAGUGUUGAACCUGAGGGAUGCAGGGCUUGCUUGGAGAAGGCCAAGAGGAGUAUUAGGAGUUGUUUUCCGAGUAGGGAAGGGAGAGCUAUGAAUGCUGGGUGUUAUUUGAGAUAUUCGACUGUGAAAUUCUAUAAUGAUGAGGAUGAAGAACGGGAUCAUGAUGGGUUUUCUCGAAGAACUGUAGUUACCAUUGCCCUAGCUUCAGCUGCCUCCUUGAUCAUCUUCUUUUCAGCUGUGUUUGCAUGUUAUACAAGAAUAUCAAAGUUCAAGAAAGAAAAGAAAAGGCAAUCCCUUAUUCCAACUUCCUUCAAGGAUUCCGAUUUGACUUUCAAGUAUGAAACACUUGAAAAGGCAACUGAUUACUUCAAUCCAUCAAGUAAGAUAGGCCAAGGUGGAGCUGGUUCUGUAUAUAAAGGGACCCUUUCAAAUGGACAGAUUGUUGCUGUGAAGAGAUUGGUUUUCCAUACCAGGCAAUGGGUUGAUGAGUUCUUCAAUGAGGUGAAUUUGAUCCGCGGAAUUCAACACAAAAACCUUGUUGCUCUUUUGGGUUGCAGCAUCGAAGGGCCUGAAAGUCUGCUCGUCUACGAGUAUGUUCCAAACCGGAGUCUUGAUCAGUUCAUUUUCGAUAAGAACAAGGUUCAGAUUCUAAAUUGGAAGCAGCGUUUCAAUAUUAUCGUGGGAACAGCUGAAGGGCUUGCACAUCUUCAUGAAGGCUGUAAAAUAAGAAUAGUCCACAGAGACAUAAAAAGUAGCAAUGUUCUACUAGAUGAAAAUUUCAAUCCAAAGAUUGCGGAUUUUGGGCUCGCUCGGCAUUUUGCAGCUGAUCAAUCUCAUCUUAGCACAGGAAUUGCCGGGACAUUAGGUUACAUGGCUCCUGAAUAUCUCGUUCGAGGACAACUAACAGAAAAAGCAGAUGUUUAUAGUUUUGGAGUGUUGAUACUCGAGAUCGUUUGCGGUAGAAGAAACAGUUCCUUCACUGAGAACUCUACUCCACUCCUCCAAACAGUUUGGGAUCUGUACAAAUCAGAGAGAUUAACUGAAGCCAUUGACACAAGCCUGAACAGGGAUUACCCUGCAAAAGAAGCCACGGAUGUUCUGCAAAUAGGGCUUUUAUGCACACAAGCUCUAGCUUCUUUGAGACCGUCAAUGGCAACGAUCGUGAAACUCCUAACCAGUGACGUAGAAAGGAAGGUUGCCAUCCCAGAACAACCUCCAUUUCUGAAUCCAUGUGGACUUUCAAGAAGGUCUUGCAGAAGUAGCAGCUUGGUAUCUCAUGCAGCUUCCAAACUUGAAGUUUCUUCUUGCACAUCAACAGAUUCAGGUUCUUUCUCUAACUUGCCUUCAAGAAGUGGAGAUCUUGCUGAACUGAAUUCAAACUGAACUUUGAAUUCUCUUGAUAAACUAUAGCAACUCAUUUUUCCUCAACCUUGAUACUCCAACCAACUCCUUCAAAACUCCAAUACUCAUAGAGAUCAAUUCGUUUUGUAUCACGAAGAAGCAAUCUUUUACUUGGUUGUUACCAAAUCAACCACAAUCUUUUUCUAUCCGUGAAGAUCUCAACAAAGCGUCUUCUACUUCUAUUGGAGUAGAACGAACCCCCCAAGUUGGAGGUAUAGUUUGGUCUAUACACUAGUAAUUUAGCAGUUAAAGUAUUUACUCCUCCCUACACGUUCAUAGUAUAGCAGUUAAGGUAUCUACUCCUUCUUCGAGGUAAAAUAUAUUCCUUUCUACUCCUUUCUUGAGGUAAAAAUUCAUGCCUCUACACUUGUUUGUGCUUACAAAAGAAAGGGAGGGGAGGAAAAAAAAAGUUACCCAAUGAGCUGCCAUGAGUGGCUCUUAAAAUUUUCUAUUUAGUGAAAUUCUUUUAAGAUCAAAUCAAAAUUGUACAAUGAAUCCAUGAAAGAAAGAGAUUGGUUUUUUAUUUUCAACAAUUUGGGAUCAACUUGACAAUAAAAUUGAAUCCUUGUAUGAAUAUAUUGUAAAUUUUAAUGUAAACAAACCCAAAAUUUCAA